AGAUCGAGUCGGUUUCAUGACGCUGAUUUUGUUGUCUUAACCCAGUUACUGUCGCUAACUGCUCCGUCUCGUCCGGGAGAAAUAAAACACAUGUCGCAGUUAUGUAGCGCACAGAAGAAGGACUUCACCCUCUAGUUAACGUUAACUCACGCUGCGGAGCUUCUGUCGGGAAUACAAACACACUGCGGCUCCGUUUGUCAACACAGAAAGCUGACAACGAGCUGUCCACAGUAGCUACAAGCAGGCUGGUGUGACUUAGCGAUGUGCUGCUGUUUGUUUUUCUCUCCCUCUCGUCUCGGCUGACCAAGCUGCGUCUAUAAAUAUAUAUAUUUAUAUAUCUGUGUGUGUGUGUGUGUGUGGGAAGCUGAAAGGAUGUGGCAGAGUGUCGGACUCACACUGCUGGUCAUUGUGGCCACUCUCGUCUGUGCGCUGCUCUUCAUGCUGUUUGGUUGGUACGUAGUGUGGCAGCUCUUCCUGUCCAAGUUCAAGUUCCUGCGCGAACUCCUCGGGGACGCAAGCACCCCGCAGGCCGAGACGCAGCCGUCCGAAACCAAGAGUGAGCGCACGGCCAGCGCCCCGACGCGAAGUCGGCCCAGGACCGCACGCCAAAGAGUCGCCUCUUCAGAAAGCGCUUCAUAGAUCAUCCAGACAGCCACUGUGUAUCCUUCACAUCCACUCAUGACAACGGCUCAUCACCACGGCCUCCGCAAACGUCAUGUGCGACCAUCAGAGAUCCCCCCCCCCACUGACCCUGCGCUCUACACUACACUUACACUCGGUAGUCAGCCCUCCUCUUCACCAGGACACUUUAAACUGGCCAGGCAGAUCUCCUGGUUUCAAAGGGAAAAGCCAUUACUGUCCAUUUUUCUUUUAUGUCAUCUGUUCAGAAGUGUAAUUAUGUGCCGCUGUGUAUGUACCGAGCACCGAGGCUGGGGCUGCUCGUGCUCCUCCUGUUAUCCUGCAAUAGUGACGGCCGGCUUUCGUGAGCCGGCCACGCUGCUUCCUGCCACUUAAUGCGGAGCGUGGCGAUGCUCCGCCGCGCAGAGAGAUGUAUUAAUGCUCUCAUGUACGUGUUUUAAUCUUGUAUCCUCACCAGAAGACGCAAGUCCUACUUUGAACAAAAGUAGGCAGAUAAUGUUCUACAUCAUUUCAGCAACUGAAACAGUCAUUUAUACAACUGACAAUUGUAUUUUCUUUAAAAAAAAAAAAAAACCUAACAAAGUGCAAUGAAAGGAAUGUUUAUGCUGUCAUUUUGUUGUUCCUUACACAGUAUACUCUGCGUAUUAUGGACUACCAUCCAGUAGAUAACGACCCAAAAGCCUCCACGGAAGAUGACGAAUGACACGGCUUCAUUCCAGUUGUGUAAAGUGUGACUUGCAACUUCUCCUUCGCCCCCUUUUUGUUUUGUCCUCUAAAUAGAUUUAUACUUGAAGAGUCAGGAGAAGGUUUCAAGGACUGUUGGCGUUCAGAAGCAGCUCCACGCGUUAUUAGCUGAUCUCUAGGAGCGAUGAAACGAGGCUCCUUGCUGCCCGAGUGGAGUCUGAACCCCCUACCGUUCCCUGUGCCUCUGUCUGUACCUGUGCCUGUGUAAAAGGCAUCCACUGUUUGUUACAUGGCCUCCUUUUUGGUAAUAGCUGACAGGAGCUUGGUUUCCAUUACAGGUGCAAAGCAAAGCUGACCAGGGCCAUAGUUGAUAUUUAUGUAAUAUUCUCCCUCCAGGUAAAACUCAUGUAAACUCUUGCACCUUUUUGGUUUUGUUUUCUUCUCCAGUGGAGCAGGAGCUUCAAAUAAAUAAUGCCAUAAACAUGUGGA